AUGACGACUGCUAUUACAAAAACCAACCCCAAGACAGCCGAAUUUGCUCGGCUUUUUAAAUUAUUUGAUCGCAUUGCGACACGGCGCGCUAGGGGGUCCACGGAACUAGCUAUCUCGAUGGACGACGUCACAGCAGUUCCUGCCGAAUUCGCACCAGUCCUGAAGAAACUAUCCACUGUUCUCUCUUUACGCGCCCAACGCGACCAAGAGUGCCACCGUAAGCUCACAGGGCGCCCCCGCCGCAACACCGUCGCUGUUUCGCCCACGAUCCAGAAUGACAUCGACAUGGUGGAGGAUGUGGGGAGUCCUACGUUUCCCCUUGAAGAGCAUCACCCGUUUACCUUCAAGCUUAUGCUGCACAAAUUAUACAACAUCGACGAAUGGGCCGAGAAGGUGAAAAGUGCUGUGGAAGCGUCAAAAGAACAAUUUAAACCCCUGGCGGAGAGGAUGCACGAGGCGAUGAGGGAGGGUACAGGGAAGGAACGAGUUGUAAAGAGGAAUAUCGCGCGGUCUAGGAGUCAGUCCGUGCUUAACCCGAAGUCCAAAGGGAAAGCGGUUUCCCGAGAACAAGUUCCCACAUCGCCAGCACGCACGAAUGACUUCAGCCGAGUGUUGAAGAAACGAUGCGUUGGGAGGCGCAAAUCUAUCAGUGGGCCACUUGCUGGGGGUGUAUGGAUUUACGAUGCGGCCAUAUCUGCUGUCGAGCUGGAUGGUGCUCGCCCAUCCCUAGAAAUUACGAUCUCGAAGUCCAAAGACACUAUGAACAAUACUGAUAUUAGGUUUCGUCACCAGUCUCUCGCUGGACUAGAAGGCAUUCAAGAUCGGGACACCGCUCGUAGGAAGGUCAGAAUCGCAGUGCCUUUGGCGCGAGACGAUGCACAGGGCACUCCAGCCCUCGACGAAUGGACCGAUACGCGCAGUAGCACCUGCCCCGGUGAUUGGCGAAAUAAUAGCAACAAGUGA